AGUUAAUUCGAUUCUUGCAGCACAAUCUUUCCCAUCUUUAUCUGGACUGCGAUUGUGUGUGGGGGCGUUUUUCAUUUUUGCUUGUGGAUUCCUCCGUACGGCUCCGACACCACUAUCGAUAUCGAUUCUUUCCUUUCCUCGUCUGAAGGCGAUUCCCAAUUUGGUGUGAGGGAGGGAAAAGGGAGGGAGAUAUGGGAGGAGGAGAAGGCGGUGUUGGCGAUUCAUCUGUUCAUGACGAUGCGGCGGCGGAGGAACUCGGCCGAUCCGGUGGCGAGGUCUCCGUCAAUAUCCGGUGCUCCAACGGCUCGAAAUUCUCCGUCCAGGUCAAGCUCGAUUCCACCGUCGGAUCCUUCAAAUCCGUUCUUGCUCAGAAGUGCGACAUCCCCGCCGAUCAGCAGCGGUUGAUUUACAAGGGUCGGAUCUUGAAGGACGACCAAACGCUCGUUAGCUAUGGUUUGGAAGAUGAUCACACUGUCCACUUAGUUCGUGGUUUCGCAACUUCAUCAGCCAGCAAUGGCAGUCCUAACCCUACGGUGGCAGCUCCAAAUCCAACUCAGAAUAACACCAGCAGUGUUGGUUCGGAUGAUAGUGGGUCACUUGGAGGAUCUGGCCUCGGAGCUUCACUAUUUCCUGGGCUCGGUCUUGGUGGCAAUGGCGGGUUUUUCGCAACCGGGCUUCCGGAUUUUGAACAGGUACAGCAACAGCUGAGCAGGAAUCCCGACAUCAUGAGGGAGAUGAUGAACAUGCCUGUAGUCCAGAGCCUGAUGAACAAUCCCGAGGUGAUGCGGAAUAUGAUUAUGAAUAACCCUCAGAUGCGUCAAAUCAUCGAUUCCAAUCCUGAGCUUGCCCACGUGCUGAAUGAUCCGAGCAUUCUUCGGCAAACUCUGGACGCCGCAAGGAAUCCCGAGCUUAUGCGUGAGAUGAUGCGGAACACUGACCGAGCAAUGAGCAACAUAGAGGCAACUCCCGAGGGAUUCAACAUGCUCAGACGCAUGUACGAGAAUGUUCAAGAGCCUCUUUUAAACGCUACUACAGGAGCUGGGACUACAGGCACCGAUGCCACGAACCCUUUUGCUUCCCUCCUUGGGACACAGCUUAGAGACGGAUCGACCAAUCAACCAGCCACUGCUUCUGAGAAUUCCGAUAAUUCUCCUGCUCCAAAUGCUAACCCGCUUCCUAAUCCAUGGGCAUCUACUGGCAAUACUGGAAGGGCUUCCCAGACUAACACCACGGGAUCGGAUACUGCUCGGGAAGAUAUGCCUCGGUCUCCUGCUGGAUUAGGAGGUGGUCUUCCCGGACUUGACAACAUGUUUGGGGCAAUGCCUGAUGCCAACCUUCUUAGCCAGUUAAUGCAGAACCCAGCUGUUAACCAGAUGAUGCAGAGCCUCUUAUCCAACCCCCAGUACAUGAAUCAGAUUCUCAAUCUCAACCCACAGCUUCGUGGCAUGCUCGAUUCUAAUACCCAGCUGAGAGAAAUGCUCCAAAGCCCGGAUCUUUUGCGUCGGAUGACAUCUCCAGACACGCUUCAGCAAUUGUUGACAUUCCAGCAAUCUCUCCUGUCCCAACUGGGUCGUCAGCAGCCUACACAGGAGGAGACUGGUGGGGCUGGUGGAGCUACAGCGCCUGGCUCUGGACCGGGACUAGAGAUGCUACUGAACAUGUUUGGGGGACUCGGGUCAGGCGGCCUGGCUGGCCCGCAACGUCCUAACGGGCCUCCGGAAGAACUUUACGCAACUCAGCUGUCACAGCUUCAAGAAAUGGGAUUUUUUGACACAGGGGAAAACGUCCGAGCACUGGUCGCUACGGCUGGGAACGUUCACGCAGCCGUUGAACGGCUUCUCGGCAACCCUCCUCCUCCUGGUCCGUAGUUGGUAACGUCCAUUUUAAUCCUGUCUUAUCUUGUCUGGUCUGGUUUAUUUAAUGGUCAGAUUCUCUUUCCGCCAUGUUCAUGUAUUGAAAGCUCCGUUUUCUAUACCAAAGGACGUGAAUAGUUUGUUUUCCAACUCUUUUGCAGCGCCGGUUUUUGGCCUGUCUUUUUGUACAUACUUCAUAGAAGAUUUGUCAUCAUAUGACUUCUCUUCUCGGUUAAUUUUUUUUUCAUUGUGUGCUACAUAUUUUCUUGUUUUUUUUU